AUGGUUAUGGUCCGAAGCACACCCAUAGACUGCUGUCAGAAAACCUCCAACACGAGACUCCAGCUGUCCAAAGUCCAUCACUACCACAUUCAGCAGGCUGGAAUCUGCCCAGUGGACGCUGUUGUGUUUACCACAGUUAAAGAUGUCCGUGUGUGUUCCGACCCUAAGAGGGACUGGGUGAAGACAGCUGUGAGGUACAUUGACUCAAUGAAGCAGCAGACUACAGCAGUACUGACCACCCAAGGCAUGAAGCAGCAGACUACAGCAGUACUGACCACCCAAGGCAUGAAGCAACGGACUACAGCAGUACUGACCACCCAAGGCAUGAAGCAGCAGACUACUGAAAAUGGAACUUUGCUUAAAUCCCUGACCAACGAAAUCAAUACCCAUGCUAAAAACGCGGAACGCAUGUCUGCGAGAGUUGAUACAAUGCAAGGAGUAGUACGUCAGAACAAAAAAGACAUUAACCGCUGCCUCACCGAACUGGAUACCCUCAGAAAUAAAGUCACAGAGAUGGAAGAUAGAUCAAGGAGGAAUAAUAUAAGGCUAAUCAACUUACCAACAGGUGCGGAGGGGGACGACCCUGUCGGCUACCUUCGAGCCAUGUUACCUCAGUGGAUCCCUACUUUGUCCAAUUCAUCCAUGCCUAUUGAGAUCGACAGAGCCCACCGGACCUUCUCUGCCUAUACCUCCAAGCCGCGUACAAUGAACUUCAGAGUGCUCCGUUACCAGGAUCGCCAAGCCAUACUACAAGGUGCUCGUAGAGCUAAGCCAAAACUUCAAAAUGGCACUCCGCUAGAAUUCUACGCUGACUACAGCACCAAGACCACACAGACAAGAAACAAGUUAAAGUCAAUCCGGAGUAAACUGCGACAGAGAGGCAUCAAAUCGUUUUUGAUCUAUCCAGCCAUCCUGAAGGUUAUCUACAAAGGGGAAAAGCUAUCGUUUGAGUCACCGGAGGAUGCUGAGCAAUUCUUCGCAGGACCAAACUUCGAGUAAACAUCGCUACACUCGAACUUCUCGCCACUCACUGCUCAUGAUAAAAUAUAAUUCCAGAUUUACAAUAUAAGUAUUCAGCUCUUUGGGAAUGUACUGUUUAAAACUGCCUUUCAACAUAUGUGACAAUUAUAACGCAAUGCAUGGCAAACCGGUUUAGUUCCUGGGUUUGUCUUUGGACCAACAAAAACAAAGUCUGUAAAAGGUAUAUAUAUUCAGGUAUAUAACUGGAUGAAAAUGAGUAUGGUCUACCAGUAUACCAGGUCUUCUCAAGUAAAUUAGUUACUGGGGUCUCUUAAAAAUAUGCACUUUUGUGGAUUUUGAAAGGAGUUGUGAAGAGUUGGUAUUGUAUGGACUUUGGACAUUGAAGGAGCUAGUAUUUUACAUUCUCGUUGAAGACACUUUUUGGGGGGGUUAAGAUUUAAACAUGUUCCCCAAAUUCCUAGCUUGUUUUUCUAUAUACUUUUUUGUUAUUAUGCAGAAAGCACAUAAUGAAUAGUUUGAAUAUUAUUGUAAACAAUGUCAUCACAACCUCUAUGUAUCUGUCUUGUAUACCGUAAAUCCUCAAAUAAAGACCGGGAUUCAAUUAGAGGCCGGGCUUCAGAUAGUAGCCGGAGGCGUGGUCGAUACGGACAAAUAAAGGCCGGGCCCGAAUACAGGCCAGGGGUAAAAUAAGGUAGCCUAUUUUACAGUAGCCUACCAGCAUCAGUCCAUCAGCACAAAGUAGACAUCACAAUUUCAUUUAAU